AUGAACAGGCUUCAGGUUGAGAGAAAGCCACUCCUUGUACCUAUAAAUGAAGAAACAAAACAUGAAGGAGAAAAUCGACCAACAAAGACGGAACUCCAAAAAAUCCUGAAAAUCUCAGUGGACAAUUGCCUUCCAGUAGUUUCUUCCAGCCAUCGACUAUUUCCUGAUCUCACCCAGAAAGCUGUGGAUGAAUUGCCGCCACCACCUAAAAUAGACAAAUACAAGCUGGCAAGAUUUUUAACAGAAAAGGCCAUUAGGGAAAAAAAAAUAUUUACCAUCUCUGGACCUUACCCUAUAAUACGUACUGCUUUAAGGAAGAGAGGGUGGGUAGAAAGAAAGUACCUCCAUAAACAUGAAGCUCAGGAACAUAAAGAAGAUCGGAAUGAAACAGAACGUGACAAUGGUGGGAAAAACGAAAGCAAAAUUGCCUUGCAUGAAGAGACGAGUCCUUGUAACAAUUCAGGUGAUAUCCAUGAAAUCAUGUCUAGGUUGGUAAGAAAUGAGGAAACAUCCUUCUAUUGGACUAUUAAAAAAGAUGCAGUUGAUUACUAUAGUCUCCACUGUGAACAGAUGCUCAAUCAUUAUGCAAGAACGGGCUCCUUUACUACCAAAAUUGGACUUUGUUUGCACAUGAGGAAUUUGCCAUGGUAUGUGUCAGCAAACCCAAAUGCUUUCUUCCCCCGAUGUUAUGCCAUUUGCAUUGAAGAUGAAAAAUAUGAUUUUAUACAGGACUUCAGGAAAACAGCAGCAUCCUCCAUACUCAAAUGGGUUGUCAAUUUGGACAUAUCUGGUGAUCAUGAUCAGUCAAAGACAGGAAACCUUCAGAAAAAAGUUGUGGCCGGAGGUAUGGAUGUCAAGAUGACAGAUUCUAAUGAAUGCUGCGUUAAGGAACUUCCAGGAGAAUUAAUAGAGAUGGCUCUCAAAGUGUGCGAAACCUACCUCCAGCAAAUUGAACAUGAGGACAUUGACAUAGAUGCAGAGAAUUCCUCAGUACUUUCCGACAGAGAAUGGGACCAGUUAAUUGAACAGUACUAUUCCCUUAUCCAUGAGGGUGCAGUGAUUUGUGCAGCAGAAAACUAUUUCUCUCGGUGUCAAAAGAUUUUGCAGAAAAUUAUGCUAGCAAACCCUCAGCGUGAUAUCGAUGGCCUCCACAAUAUCUGGAUUAUCAAACCUGGAGCAAAGUCCCGGGGCAGAGAAAUAGUAUGUAAGAAACAACUACAGGAUAUAUUAAAAUUUGUUGAGCCAACUGAUCAGUUUCCCGUAAAGGAUCAUAAAUGGGUGGUCCAAAAGUACAUUGAGUCACCGUUGUUGAUUUAUGAUACAAAGUUUGAUAUUAGACAGUGGUUUCUUGUCACAGACUGGAAUCCUCUGACUAUAUGGUUCUACAAAGAAAGCUAUCUUAGAUUUUCUACUCAACGUUUCUCCUUAGACAAUCUUCACAGCUCCAUCCAUCUGUGCAAUAAUUCCAUCCAGAAAAAUUACAAGAAUGCCACAGACCGCAGUUCCCAUUUGCCGUAUCACAACAUGUGGACAAGCAGCAAAUUCCAAGAGUAUUUACAAAAGAGAGGACUUGGCCAUGUCUGGUAUAAUAUUAUCUAUCCAUCUAUGAAAAAAACUAUAAUAUGUACAAUGAAGCUGGUGCAGGACCAAGUUGAACCACGCAGAAGCAGCUUUGAACUCUAUGGGGCAGAUUUUAUUCUUGGGGCUGACUUUAAACCUUGGUUGAUUGAAAUCAACAGUAGUCCAACUAUGUUCCCUUCUACCCCAAUAACAUCAGAUCUAUGUGCUCAGGUUCAAGAAGAUACAAUCAAGGUAGUUAUUGACCGGAAGCAUGACAGAACUUGUGACACUGGGAAAUUUGAAAUCCUCUGGAGACAGCCUAUGCUGGAUAUCCCCCCAUUUAAUCCUACAGACCUUUUGGUUGAGGGAAUCAAUGUCCGGAGACUGAAAAAGCACAUGGCUGCCAUCAAUAAUUUUACUUUCCUUGAACCACUGGUGGGUGUGCCACAGUCUGCGAUCCAUCAAGAAAAUAAAAGGGAGUCCAUGACACCUGUCAAUGACAGGCAAAAUGUAAGAGUCAAACACAGAAAUAGUAUUUCUUGCACUUUGCCCAAGACCCUCAAAAAGCCGCAAGAGAAAGAUGUUAAAGUUAAAGCCAUCUCGAAAAAGCUGCCCAAGCCGAUAGACUUUCCCCGCAUCAUUGAUUGCCGUGAAACAUCAGCUUUCUUUGAUAAAAAGAAGAGCAAAGGAAUAAAGGAGCCCAGUCAUCAGCCUGGAAGCCAAGGAGCCACCUGUUCUCAAAAGGCGCAUUCCUUAGACUGGGCAUUACUGCAGCCCUCUACAGAGACAGGUCCACAGAAUGCAAACAAGAAGACUGCAUGCCUAAUUUGUGGAGAUGAGUUCCAGCUGGAGAAAAAUUGUAAACGCUGCAGCUCUUUUUGUGCAACUGUAUUACAAGGAGGUUCAUACUUACCUAUGAGUGCUUGUUCUCCUCCUGAAAAGAUGGCAAAGAGCAGGCUGGCUGUGCCACGUUAUAGCCAUCCAAAAUACUUUUGA